UUGUUGCUCGUCUACGGUUUGAACGGUGAUUGACUAUAAUGGCGACGCGUUCAUACUGAGUUAAGUGUAUGGAGCCGUCUCCGACCGCCAAAGGAAAAUCGUCGGCUUUUUUUAUUUUUCUGCGAUACCGAAACGCGACGCGAAGGAUGUUCAACCGAAGAAACGAGUAAACCGGGAACAUUAAUGAGGAGGAGCUACCUUUUUUUAUGGUUAGCACUGCUAUUGUUAGCAGCUUUGCUAGCUUGCUAAGUUGAAGAGAGGUGCCAUUCUUGUGAGCGAACUGGGGGAGACGGGUGAUAAUGAAAGUCUGUCGUCGAGCAGUGUAGCAACUUUUUUGUAUUUUUUUUUUUGUCUAAAUUGGCUCAUCUGUGGAGCCAGUACUUGGUGAGUGUCGCUACGGUAGCUUCUUUUUGAAACAGAACAGAAGCCAACGACGAGCUCGCGGUUUUUGGACUCUUCUUCCCGUCCUUUCCCCCCCUCCCUCGCUGGGAUCCGUUACCUCCUCUACAGCUAAACCCACAGCUAGCUACCCAAGGGGUGCUAGCUUCGUAAAAAUUACUAUCAUUAUUUUUGUGUAUUGUUGUGGCAUCGCGAAACCUUUUCGUAGAUGACUACCGGGAGGAAUAACCGAGCCAUGAUGGAAGGAGUCGGAGCCAGAGUGGUCCGCGGACCUGACUGGAAGUGGGGGAAGCAGGACGGCGGGGAGGGACACGUCGGUACCGUCCGGAGCUUUGAAAGUCCGGAGGAGGUAGUGGUCGUGUGGGAUAACGGGACUGCUGCCAACUAUCGCUGUUCCGGAGCCUAUGACGUGAGGAUUUUAGACAGUGCUCCAACAGGCAUCAAGCAUGAUGGAACCAUGUGUGACACCUGCCGUCAGCAGCCCAUUAUUGGUAUUCGCUGGAAAUGUGCAGAGUGCUCCAAUUAUGACCUCUGCACAACAUGUUACCAUGGAGACAAGCAUCAUCUCAGGCACCGGUUCUACAGGAUCACUACCCCAGGCAGUGAAAGAGUUCUUCUGGAGUCGCGUCGGAAGUCAAAGAAGAUCACAGCCAGAGGGAUCUUUCCUGGAGGCCGGGUGGUGAGAGGAGUGGACUGGCAGUGGGAAGACCAGGAUGGAGGCAAUGGAAGGAGAGGAAAGGUGACAGAGAUCCAGGACUGGAGUGCAGCCAGCCCCCACAGUGCUGCCUAUGUCCUUUGGGACAAUGGGGCCAAAAACCUGUACAGAGUUGGCUUUGAGGGAAUGUCGGACCUGAAGUGUGUCCAGGAUGCCAAAGGAGGCUCGUUUUACAGGGAUCACUGUCCUGUUUUGGGUGAACAGAAUGGGAACAGAAAUCCAGGUGGUCUUCAGAUUGGAGACUUGGUCAACAUUGAUCUUGAUCUGGAGAUCGUUCAGUCUCUUCAACAUGGCCACGGGGGCUGGACUGAUGGCAUGUUUGAAACCCUCACCACCACAGGCACCGUGUGCGGGAUUGACGAGGACCAUGAUAUCGUAGUUCAGUACCCCAGUGGGAACAGAUGGACUUUUAAUCCAGCAGUGCUGACAAAGGCCAACGUCGUGCGCAGUGGUGAGGUAGCAGCCGGUGCAGAGGGAGGAAGUUCCCAGUUCCACGUGGGAGACCUGGUCCAGAUAUGCUACGACAUUGACCGUAUUAAGCUGCUGCAAAGAGGCCACGGCGAGUGGGCGGAGGCGAUGCUUCCUACCCUGGGCAAAGUAGGCCGUGUGCAGCAGAUCUACUCUGACAGUGACCUGAAGGUGGAAGUUUGUGGGACUUCUUGGACAUACAACCCGGCUGCCGUUACAAAGAUUGCUCCCUCUGGCUCUGCUGUCAGCAAUGCCUCUGGAGAGCGCCUGUCCCAGUUAUUGAAGAAAUUGUUUGAGACACAAGAGUCUGGAGACAUCAACGAGGAGCUGGUCAAGGCAGCAGCCAACGGAGACCUGGCCAAAGUGGAAGACAUUCUUAAGAGACCAGAUGUGGACGUGAAUGGACAGUGUGCUGGACACACUGCUAUGCAGGCAGCAAGUCAGAAUGGUCAUGUGGACGUCCUGAAACUCCUCCUUAAACACAACGUGGACCUCGAAGCUGAGGACAAAGAUGGCGACAGAGCUGUGCACCACGCAGCUUUUGGCGAUGAGGGCUCUGUCAUCGAGGUUCUACAGCGAGGUGGCGCUGACUUGAAUGCGAGGAACAAGCGGAGACAGACUCCAUUACACAUAGCUGUCAAUAAGGGCCACCUGCAGGUGGUUAAAACCUUGUUGGAUUUUGGCUGCCACCCCAGUCUUCAGGAUUCGGAGGGUGACACACCGCUGCACGAUGCCAUUAGCAAGAAGAGAGACGACAUGUUGUCAGUUCUGCUGGAAGCCGGUGCAGACGUCACCAUCACCAACAAUAACGGGUUCAAUGCCCUGCAUCAUGCCGCGCUACGUGGGAACCCCAGCGCCAUGCGAGUGCUGCUAUCCAAGCUCCCGAGACCAUGGAUUGUGGAUGAAAAGAAGGACGACGGCUACACCGCACUGCAUCUCGCCGCCCUCAACAACCACGUGGAGGUGGCUGAGCUGCUGGUGCACCAGGGCAACGCCAGCCUAGACAUUCAGAAUGUGAACCAGCAGACAGCAUUGCAUCUUGCAGUGGAGCGUCAGCACACUCAGAUAGUUCGGCUUCUAGUGCGAGCAGAGGCCAAGCUGGACGUCCAGGACAAAGAUGGGGACACGCCACUCCAUGAGGCGCUGCGUCACCAUACGCUCUCCCAGCUGCGACAGCUCCAGGACAUGCAGGACGUCAGCAAAGUGGAGCCCUGGGAGCCCUCCAAGAAUACAUUAAUUAUGGGCUUGGGCACCCAGGGGGCAGAAAAGAAGAGCGCAGCAUCCAUCGCUUGUUUCCUGGCAGCAAAUGGAGCGGACUUGACCAUUCGCAACAAAAAAGGCCAAUCCCCCCUGGACCUGUGUCCCGACCCCAACCUGUGCAAGGCUUUGGCGAAAUGUCACAAAGAGAAGAGCAGUGGCCAAGUGGGCACCCGGAGCCCGUCGCUGAACAGCAACAUGGAGUCUCUGGAGGAGUGCAUGGUGUGCUCCGACAUGAAGCGAGACACUCUGUUUGGGCCGUGUGGACACAUCGCCACCUGCUCACUCUGCUCUCCUCGCGUCAAAAAGUGUCUCAUCUGCAAGGAGCAGGUCCAGUCCAGAACAAAGAUUGAAGAGUGUGUAGUCUGCUCUGACAAAAAGGCAGCGGUGUUGUUCCAGCCCUGCGGCCACAUGUGCGCUUGUGAGAACUGUGCUAGCCUCAUGAAGAAGUGCGUACAAUGCCGGGCUGUGGUGGAACGCCGCACCCCUUUCGUUCUGUGCUGUGGAGGGAAAGGUAUGGAGGAUGAUGCCGCUGAUGAUGAUGAUGAUGAUGAUAAUGAUGACCUUACAGAGAACUCUAACAGUAUGGCAGGGGGAUCGCAGGAUCUUCUGCAGCCCAACAAUCUGGCAUUAAGUUGGUCUAGUGGAAACAUCCCGGGCCUGCAGAGAGACAAAGACAACACAAACGUCAAUGCUGAUGUUCAGAAGCUGCAGCAACAGCUUCAAGACAUCAAAGAACAGACCAUGUGUCCGGUGUGUCUGGACCGGCUCAAGAACAUGAUCUUUAUGUGCGGCCACGGCACCUGUCAGCUGUGCGGGGACCGCAUGAGCGAGUGUCCCAUCUGCCGGAAGGCCAUCGAGCGCCGCAUCCUCCUGUACUGAACGCCGAACGGGCUCUUCCUUCUCCCCGAAGCACCGACGACGCCUGCAAACACUUCAACCACACCAGCUGCCGCUGCCAUCCUCACAGCCAGCCACCACUUUACAACACGUCAGUGUUGUGGCCGUGGAUCUCCUGUUACAAGUCCUGGUGUGAUCCAGCUGUGUAGUUAUAGUCUGUGGAAUCACAGAGGAACCCCACUCAUCUGUUCUCUGUCUUCGUUUUUGCGUCUUUUCUUCUCGUCUUCGUUUAGCCCUCGAACCUUCCUUUCUGAUUUAGACACCGAGGCCGAGACUCGGAGUCCGACCGUAUCCAAAGAGGCGGAUCCCACCUCUGGAUUUAACCUUUGAAAACAGCCGACAGGUCUCUGGCUGGUUUAGUCCUCAAGCAUCUGCUGCGUCCAGCGGCAGCUUGCUGUCCCCUUCUAUUGUAUUUAUGCAACAUGUAUUGAUACAGGAAGCUCCAGCCGUGGGUUGAAAGUGCUCCCACUCUUAAGACAGUAUGGAAAGGUGGAAACCAGUGUUCCACCUUAAUGUUCUCCGUUUGGCCGCUGUGACCUUCUUUCUGCACGUCUGUCACUGCAGCAGAAGACCAAAUCUUAGUUUUUUUUUUUGCACUACAGAAGCAUUUUCUGUGACUGAAAAACCAAUGCGACGCAGUCAUGUGCCUGCAGGUAGCACGCCGCACCCUUUAGGGUGGCAUCAGUUUUUACAGGCUUCUGGUCGUCACGCCCCUGUAAAAAAAACGAAAAACGUAGCCGGGCAACAACUGAUGUUCGGAUAUUGUGACGUCGCCUGCUGAAAAAGCCUCGAUUUUUCCAGGAGCGUUGUUUAUUAACCAUCGACAUUUGUGCCAUUUACUUCCAAAAAUGUACUCGUGCGAUCGAUUCUGUGGGGGGACAAGGUGCUCUGGAAUAUCGUAUUUCUGGUUUUAUUUAAGUGUUUCUCUCGUUUCUUCAACAUUUAUUGAGCUAUAGAGUCAAGGUCUAUGAAAAUAAGAAAGUGUAGAGUAAAUUAUUUUUUAUGGCAGCCCAAACGAUAGAAUUUAUAGGUAUCACUGCCUUCCUACUAUGUAGCCUCAAAACCUCUCAAACAUUCUGCUUGGAUGUCAUCGAGUUAGCGACCGCUCUCCUGUAGAAGCGUUUCUUUUUCUGUCAACCUCACGUGUUCAUGUCUGAAACAGGAAUAACGGUCAGGUAUGUAUUGAUCAGUGUUUUUUUUAACCUCAGCGCUUCUGAAAGGCAGGACGCCCCUCCGCAGGGCUAGCUUUGUGGAACCCACAAUCGGCUGGUUUGUUUUCUUUUCUCUGUUCCGCACCGUAAAUGCGAUGACACUUUACAUUUGGAAAACACUAAUGUGCUUUAUGGUAGUGUUGUCUUGUUAGGUUGUUUUUUUUUGGGGGGGAGCUUAAUUUGUACUUCAUUUUCUCGUACCUGUACUGUUAGACUUGUAUCUGUAGUUUUUCUUUAGCAUGAAUGUUUGACUUAUGCAGAAUGAGUUGUAUCUUUGACAACAGUUGGGUCUGUAUUGCGUACAAGUGCUUUUACUACAACCACACGGCAGAAAUAAAGUCCUUCUAUGAACUGCG